AUGGACCGAAAUGGAGGAAAAUUGAAUCUUGAACAGACCCAACAUAUUUUGAAUGCGACGAUAGAGACCGUAGAUCAAGGCCUUUCACUACAAAGAUCAAUUGUAGAAAAAUUUAAGAAACGUGUGCUGGAUGAACCUGAUAUAAUUGCAGAAUCUUAUUCUGAAUCUAAUGCGGAGACUGACAUAACUGAAGAUAGUG